AUGCUAGGGGUAUGCAAUCGAAGUUUAUGGGAGAAAAAAUCUGGUAAAUUAUUUAAAAUCAAAUUCAUGAUUGAAAAAAUGAUUCCAAGAAUGAUGACACACUUAACUAAGCUUUGUUAAGGAGGUGGAUAUUGGCUUGGAGUUAGAGAUUAUAGGAGGUUUAUCUUAACUUACUAGCAAAAUAUAAUACUCAGUAAUAAAGUUAAUGUCAAGAGUCCAAUGAUCCAUGCCAUCAAAUGCUACUUACCACCGCAAUAUUUUGAAAUAGUCGAAAAUAUUUACAAAAUUAUUAGUAGUCUUGGUAUUAGAGGGGUGAUACCUAAGGUUUAAAAAAAAAAAGAUGAUGACUACAAUUCAUUAUGUACCAAAAUAGAUAAGAGUAAAAUAGAUUUUAAAAACAAUGAUGGAUCAAUAGAUAGUAAAUAUGAUAUAAGAAACUCAGAAUUUUUUAUGACAAACCAAGUAGAAUUAUCAAUUGGUGCCCUGCAGAGGAUUAAGCAUUGGUAUAAUCCACGAAAAAUGGAAAAAAUCAUAGAACAAAUUAACAUUGCCGAUUAGGAUAAUCACAAUAAGUAGUUUUGCAAGCUUGAUAAAGAAGUUGAUGAUCAAGCACUAUAUGAAACAAAUAGAGUUAACAAAGUAGCAAAGGAGUACUAUGAGAAUACAUUCAUGAAGCAGGAGGAAUUACAUCAGAUUACUCUAUCAGAUAAAUACAGGGAUGCUGAAUGGUUUAAAUACGAUAUUCACAUCAUAAAUAUGCAAAGGUAGACAUGUAUUAAUUGCCAUAACCUAAAAAUAAGUUGCUUAAGUAAAUGGCACAAGACCUAUUUGUGUACUUUGACAUAUAGAAAAAUCAAUUAAAAACGUACUAAUAAACAUGAUCAAUUUCGUAGCUAAGAUACUAAUGAAUUAUAUGACGAUAAUACCCUAGAUUAUAAUGGAUAAAAGAUUACAGUUUCUAAGGGUGCAUUAUAGGGGUCAGUGAUAUCACCUUUUCAAUUCAACAUAAAUCUUAAGUUUACUAAGGAUGCAUUGUAGUCUUAAUCAACUCGUGCUAUUUAAUAAGGAAAUCUUAUGAUUUUCGCCUAUGAUAUUCCUAACAUAUGUCAAAACGAAAUUCAUACAGAUAGAUAGAUUAUAGGAGAAAACAGAUUCGAUGAAAUAGAUAUUGUUAAACAAGUGAAAUAUCUUGGAUUCUAAUUAUCAUUAUCUAAGUAAGAAUUGGUUUAGAGUGCAGCAAGUCAUAACUAAAAAUCUAUGUACCCUUCAGCAAAGGAUAUAUAACAAAAUGCAUAGCAGAAAAUGUUUGUCACCGAAGAAAAGCAGAAUAUUAUGCUAUCUAUAAGAAGGAAUCACCCGAAAUUUGAAUGGCCACUAGUAUUAUUGCAGAAUAUUAAAGUCUAUGAGAACUAAAACUAUUUUAAGAUUUGCAUGCUUGAUGAAAAUGUUGAAGAAUUAGUUAAGUUUAUUAGAAACUUGGUAAAGAAAAAAGUUAACCUAAAUUAGAAAGAUUGA